AUGGCCCCAUUCCAAGCUGACGACAACGUCGUCUUCUUGUACCAUUGUCUCGUAAACGCUUCUGGAAAGGUCGACUGGAACGCUGUGGCCAUAGCAACAGGAUCGACUAGAGGAGCAGUGGAGAUUCGCUGGCGGCGACUCAAGAAGAAGAUCGAGGAUAACACAAACACUGGACAACCUGCUACACCAACACCCGCCCAACCUCCUCAAGGACGGAAGGCUAGUCAGGGCAAGAAGCAGAACACCGGCACCCGCAAACGCAAGAUGGAAGAUGCCGAGGAUGAUGAAGAUGAAGCAGACGUUGCAGGGCCUCCCCAAGUUGACGGUCAGGUUGAUGUCAAACCGUCUUCUCGGCGUCAGACCCGGGGAAAAAGGUUGAAAUAUGACAUCAAAGCUUGCUUGGCCAACGACGAGGAUUCCAGCGCUAUCACCUCUUCGGACAGUGAUGAGGAUUACGUUGUCGACGCCGAAGCAAUCAAGUCCGAGGACGAUGAGCUGUUCAUGUUCGACAUGUUCGACUGCAGCGGUGAUCUCAAGCCGAAACCAAAGCGGGACAACAAGUCGCAGCCAACGCCCCCCAAAGUCCACCGCCAGACGGCCACCAAGAAGGCGGUUCCACCCAUCAACGUGAACGACGUUCAACAAAAGACCGUUGCUGUACCCAAAGCGAAGGUUAGGUCCAGCAUGCACCCCUCUGACCAGCCACUUCCAAGCAUCGAACACUCUCCACCAAAUACUCCAUUGAGUAGCGUCUUCACGAGCGAGAAGCAAGGAGUCGUGGAUACACAUAGCGAAAUCACUCUGGAGAACUUGAAACCUGGGAUGGUUCUUCAGCUGCCUCCCAAAAGCCGACCUCAGAUUUUGGAAGGCAUCGCCGAUUGCACAGUCCCCAAGCCAGAUCUAGCGUCCUCUGUUAUCUCAAUGACAUCCUCCAUAUCUGCGACGAGCUCUUUCACGACUACAGACUCUAUCGGCAAGAUGAUCCAGCAAGAUCUAGCUAACCACGUCGAGAUCCGGCCCGAAGACAGUGUCUCCUAUGUGGCUGUUGAUGCAGAGCAGGAUUCUAUGCCCACAGCACCUACGCCCACAGGCAUCAUGGCAAACACGCUUCGGUUCUUCAAGGUUCUACUGACUCCUCAGACGUAG